AUGGGAGCCUCUGGGAGAAGGGGCUCACCCCCUUUUACCGUCCAGAUAAACCUUCCCAUCUUCUCUUGGGCCCAAGCCAGAAACACAUUGUUCCCUUCAGCUCUCACUAUGUUCCCAGGAACUAGACGGAUGACUGUCACUCCCAUCAUGCCCCAUCGUUCUGCCUCUGCGCCCACCUUUCUACGUCCCUGCAAUGCUUUUCCCCUCUUUGUCCGUCAUUCCUCCAUGUCCCAAAGGCCGGCUCAGACCCCGGCUCAGACCCAGCUCUUCUGGGAACCUGGCCCUCCAGGCAUGUUGUCUACGCCGCUCUCAAGCUCUUGCUCUAGCAUCCGGGAUGGGGCGUUGAUCCAAGCUCACCCCACGGGCUGCUGGGAGGAAAGAGCUUUGUGUAAGUGGAGUCCACCAGCGCUGGGAGCCUGCUGGCCAGCGGGCGGAGGGAAGAGAGCCUGGCCCUCUGGAGGCAGCGAGGAGAGGUGCCGAUGGGAGGGGAGACGCCCCGAUCUCUCUUCUCCUCCCAUCAGGCUGGGCCCUGGGAGUCUGGCAGCCAGCCAUGAGCGAGCCUGCAGGACUGGGCAGAGGGGCCUCCCUCCCCUCGGCAGCUCCGGUCAGGGCUCGGCCUCCAGCCGCCUUCCUGCCUGCCUUCCUUCUUUCAUAGGCGUCUUCCCCAAACCCCUCAUUGCGGCCUCCCCCCAGGCCCCAGUCGCCCCUGGGACGGCAGUGGCCAUCGGCUGCCGGGGGCCGAUCGUGCCAGCCACGCUCUCGGGGGGCUACACGUUUGCCCUGCUGGAGGCGGAGAGCCUGGAGCUCUUGCAGCGACGGAGCCCUGCAGGAACCACGGCCAACUUCUCCCUCCCAGCCGCGAGGGCCCUGGACACUGGGAGCUACCGCUGUGUCUACUACAAGAAGACGGCGCCCCACCGAGGGUCAGCACCCAGCCAGGCUCUGGAGCUGACUGUGCUGGGACCCUGGCCCAAACCCAGCCUGUGGGCCCAGCCUGGCCUCGUGGUGGUUCCGGGGACCGACGUCACUCUCUGGUGCUCGAGGCCCAAGCUGUUGUCCCCCCAAGAGAAGAACUUCACCCUCUGGAAGGCUGGGAGGCAGCAGCCGCUUCAGAACCGGAGCUCAGCUCAGGCCUGGACAGGCUUCCUCCUCUCUUCUGUCGGGCUGGAGGAUGCCGGGAGCUACCGCUGUGCUUAUGGGGAACCGAGAGGCUCUGCUAGAGAUUCAGAGCCCAGCGACGCCCUGGAGCUGAUGGUGACAGGAUCUCUCCCCAAGCCCUCCCUCUCAGCCCUCCCAAGCCUUGUGGUGGAGCCGGGCACGCAUCUGACGCUCCAGUGCCGGCAGCCUCUUCAGUCCCCCCUCUGGGGGGUGACAUUCGCUCUGCUGAAGGCGGGGACCCCUCAGCCCUUGCAGAGCCAGAGCCCAGCGGGGACCUCAGCUGUCUUCCCCCUCCUCUCUGUGAGGGCCCAGGAUGCCGGCAACUACAGCUGCAUCUACCAUGGGAAGGAGGGAUCCCAGGUGUCUGAGCCCAGUGAGGUCCUGGAGAUCUGGGUGACAGGAGCUCCACUGGGAUCCUAUCCCAGGCCAAGCUGUCGAGAGUUGAAGACAGGAGCUCCACUGGGAUCCUAUCCCAGGCCAAGCUGUCCGGAGUUGAAGACAGGAACAGUUAAUUCCCCUUACCAUCCUGGUGUUUGGAGUGGGCUUUAUUUGGAUCCAUUCAUCCUCCCCUUUAUCCUGUAGGAGAGGAAUCAGCCUACUUAAGGAUCUCUGAGGUAUUGCUAAAAUAAAACAUUUCACACAAUGCAAAUAAAUGCAUAAUUCCCUGACUCUCCAUAAUGCUUGAGACUU